GAUCAAAAAAAAAAAAAAAACUAUACUUUUAUCUAAUUGCGUUCAAUAAACAAAUAUAUAAUAAAAAAUAAAAAUAAAAUAUAUAAGAAAUAAAAAAUAAAAAAAAAAAAACCAAAGGGGUCGUGUUCAUACACAUCGGUCUCAGACAAUCAAUUCCUUUUAUUUCCCGCCACUGAUAGGAAUCUUUGUCGCGGAGGUUCUUGGCGGUUGAGCCUAAACCACUUUCUUUUUGUUUCGGAACCCUAGGAGGAGAAGAAGCAGAACUCGGCCUCAGCCAUGAACGAUCAUAUCUCCGGCGCGUUUCACCGUCCCAUGGCAGGCGUCGUUAAAAGAAUCCGGCUAGAGAACUUCAUGUGCCACAGUCACCUGGAAAUCGAGCUCGGCGACUCCGUCAAUUUCAUCACCGGUCAAAAUGGAAGUGGUAAGAGUGCGAUACUUACUGCUUUGUGCGUUGCAUUUGGGUGUCGAGCUAAAGGGACUCAAAGGGCUUCAACGUUGAAGGAUUUUAUUAAAACUGGUUGCAGUUAUGCAAAUGUUCAUGUAGAAAUUAAAAAUGAAGGGGAGGAUGCUUUGAAGCCAGAAAUAUAUGGCGAUGUCAUAAUUAUAGAGCGUAGGAUUUCUGAAAGUACAAGCACCACAGUUUUAAAAGAUCACCAAGGAAAAAGGGUUACAAAUAAGAAAGAGGAGCUUCGUGAGCUAGUGGAGCAUUUGAAUAUUGAUGUUGAGAAUCCUUGUGUAAUCAUGAGUCAAGACAAAAGCAGAGAGUUUUUGCAUUCUGGGAAUGACAAAGAUAAAUUUAAGUUUUUUUAUAAGGCCACCCUUCUUCAGCAAGUUAAUGAUCUUUUGGAAAGCAUUGACCAACACUUGAAGUCUGCAGAUGGUAUAAUUUGUGAGUUAGAGGCCUCAAUAAGACCUAAAGAGAAGGAACUACUUGAGUUGCAAGAAAAGAUUAAAAAUAUGGAGCAUGUAGAAGAAAUAACUCAACAGGUACAGCAGUUAAAGAAGAAGCUUGCAUGGUCCUGGGUAUAUGAUGUAGAAAAGCAACUCCAGGAACAAAGCUUCAAGAUUGAAAAGCUGAAAGAUCGUAUACCUACUUGUCAAUCUAAAAUUAACAGUCAAACAGAUCUAGUGGAGGAAUUGAGGGCACACUUCACCAAGAAGAAAAAUCAGAUUGCAUCUAUGAUGGAAAAAACAUCAGAAGUGAGGAGAAUGAAGGAUGAAUUGCAACAGACUCUAGCCUUGGCUACAAAAGAGAAGCUUGAAUUAAAAGAAGAACACAGCCGCAAAAGUAACCACAUUAAGAAGCUGGUAAACCGUGUUAGGUUGCUUGAGCAGCAAGUCCAUGAUAUUCAUGAGCAGCAUGUUAAAAACACACAGGCUGAAGAAUCUGAAAUAGAGGAAAAGGUGAAGGAACUUGAACACGAGGUUGAAGUUGCUGAUUCAAUGCUUUCAAGGUUGAAGGAAGAAGAGAGUGUGUUAUUAGAAAUCUUAGAUCAAGUAGUGUCUGAAAUCCGAAGGAUAGCUGAGGAGAUUGAAAACUGUGACAAGAAGAACCGUGAGAUCUCUUCUCUCAUUCGUGAGCUUAAUCAACAUCAAACCAAUAAGGUUACAGCGUUUGGUGGAGAGAGGGUGAUGAAUCUGUUAAGAGCAAUUGAGAGACAUCAUCGUAGAUUCAAAAAGCCUCCAAUUGGUCCAGUUGGUGCUCAUGUGACUUUGGUUAAUGGUGAUAUGUGGGCUCCUGCAGUUGAACAUGCCAUUGGCAACUUGCUCAAUGCUUUCAUUGUGACAGAUCAUAAAGAUUCUCUUCUUUUGAGAACAUGUGCUAAGGAAGCAAACUAUAGCUACCUUCAGAUUAUCAUUUAUGAUUUUUCAAGACCAAGGUUGAAUAUACCACAUCACAUGCUUCCUCAAACGCAGCAUCCAACUACUCUCUCUGUUAUUCAUUCUGAAAAUCAUACUGUUCUAAAUGUCCUAGUGGAUAUGGGCCAUGUGGAGAGGCAAGUUCUUGUUAAAGAUUAUGAUGGGGGAAAAGCAGUUGCUUUUGACCAAAGGAUCUCAAAUCUGAAGGAGGUCUACACCUUAGAUGGAUAUAGAAUGUUUUCUCGUGCUUCUGUCCAAACAAUACUUCCUCCUAACAAGAAGAUUAGAGCUCCCCGUCUUUGUAGCUCCUUUAAUGACCAAAUCAAAAAUCACGAAAGGAAUGCAUCAAAUGUACAAGAAGAAGCUCAACAGUUUAGGAGGAGGAAAAGGGAGGCAGAAGAAAAACUUCAAAAUCUUCAAGAUAAAAUAAAAAGUGUAAAGAGGAGGUGUAUGAAUGCAGAGCGUAAUGUUAUGGAGAAGAAACUAGCACUUAAUGAUGUUAAGAAUUCAUAUGCUGCAGAAGCAAAUGUGUCACCAGCAUCAACUGUUGAUGAGCUUCAUCAAGAAAUUUCAAAAGUUCAAGAGGACAUAGAAGAAAAGAAAGCAUUGCUGGAAACGUUCCAAGUCAGAAUGUAUGAAGCUGAAUCAAAGGCCAGAGAUCUCAAAGUAUCAUUUGAGAAUCUAUGUGAAUCAGCAAAAGGAGAAAUGGAUGCCUUUGAGAAAGCAGAAAAGGAUCUUACAAAUAUUGAACAAGAGCUACAUUCUGCAGAAGCAAAUAAGGUUCAUUAUGAAGGCGUAAUGAAGAAAAAGGUCCUUCCUGAGAUCAAGGAGGCAGAGGCGCAAUAUCAGGAGCUUAAAAGCCUCCGUGAGGAUAGUUUUAAGAAGGCUUCUAUCAUUUGUCCUGAGAGCGAAAUUGAAGCAAUAGGUUGGGAUGGUAGCACCCCUGAGCAGCUAAGUGCCCAAAUAACCAGACUGAACCAGAGACUUCAGCAGGAAAGCCACAGAUUUUCUGAAUCCAUUGAUGACCUUAGAAUGUUGUAUGGGAAGAAGGAACGAAAGAUUCAAAGAAAACAGCAAAGUAACAAAGCCUUUCGAGAAAAAUUGAGUACUUGUCAAAGAGCCCUAGAAAAAAGACAUACAAAAUUUCAGAGGAAUGCAAGACUUCUGAGGCGUCAACUAACAUGGCAAUUCAAUAACCAUUUGGGGAAGAAAGGGAUCAGUGGAAAAAUCAAAAUUAGUUAUGAGGAAAGAACUCUCUCUGUUGAGGUAAAGUUGCCUCAAGAUGCAUCAAGCGGCAAUGUUCGUGACACUAGAGGGCUUUCAGGUGGGGAACGCUCGUUUUCAACAUUAUGUUUUGCAUUGGCCCUGCAUGACAUGACUGAAGCUCCAUUCCGGGCAAUGGAUGAGUUUGAUGUGUUUAUGGAUGCUGUAAGUCGGAAAAUCAGCUUAGACACUCUUGUGGAUUUUGCAUUGGCUCAAGGAUCCCAAUGGAUAUUUAUCACUCCUCAUGAUAUCAGCAUGGUAAAACAAGGGGAGAGGAUAAAGAAGCAGCAAAUGGCGGCUCCUCGUUCUUGAUUACCCCCUCCACAAUUUUACUUGUUUGUAUAGUUGUGCCAAGUCUAAUCAUGCAUUUUGAAGUGGCAAGGUUUAUCUUUUAUCGUACCAUUUAACAUCUAGGUUAAAUAUGCUAACUAUAGAAUUGUUUUUGCUUUCAUCUAGGAAUUAGUGUGGCUCCUUGUUGCUCUGAUCUUACAUUUUGUGCUUUGCCAUUUAUGUCAUCCUUCCCUUUUCUCCAUCUGUAAAGCCUGUAUUGUAGUCUGUUUAAAUGCCAAUCUAUGUAAAAGGAACUAAAAUACAGAUUGGAUUAUCUAUUUUACUAUCUAUUUGCUUAAAUAUGUUAUUUCGUUCUUUUAUUUA